AUAAGCGGGUAAAAAUAUACCCUGCUCUCGAAAAUCUUACUCAGUCAGUGAUGACUUGAAAACUUAGGUUCAAAAUGGGACGUAACCCACACGGCAUGUUAGAACUUCUGAACUUUUGUAUUUAAGAAUACUUUCCCUUGAAUUGCUAUAGCAACUCAGGAAGUAAAUACUAACAAGUAGCUCCAGCCUCUGGAAAAAGGAGCAGUCCCAGCUCAGAUUAUGUCCAACACUUUGUUUAUGGGCUUGGGGAUUUUGUAAAACUGUUUUAUUAUCGCACGCAGGUUUAAAGAAAACAGCUCGUUCCUGUUCGCUUACCUGUGUAUUUUGUCAGUGAAAAUAGUCGCCGUUUGCUCGACCAUGCCGUUCUUACACGAACCAAAGUCCCGCGAGCCAUUGUGGAAAGAAUGGGACUACCUGGCUCAAAAGAAAGGAGUGAGAAACACUGUCUAUUCUGUAAAUGGAGAUGAAUUUACGGGAGAGUGGCUUGACAACAAAAAAGAUGGCAAAGGCACCCAAAAAUGGAAAAAGACCAACAAAGUGUAUGAUGGAGACUGGAAGAAAGGAAAAAGAAGUGGAUUUGGCACACUGACACAUUCGGAUGGCAAAGGAGGCUUUACAAAGGAAUACUCUGGAGGCUGGAAAAAUGACAAAAAGCAUGGCUAUGGAACAGAGUUCUACUCAGAGACUGAGUUUUAUGAAGGUGAAUGGUAUGCAGGAAAAAGAUCCGGCUGGGGACGAAUGUAUUACGAAGACGGGACCAUUUAUGAAGGGGAGUGGUACGAUGAUCAGCGGAGUGGACAGGGCAUGCUUCGGUUAACAAAUGAAAACCGUUAUGAGGGCUCUUGGAAAGAAGACAAAAAGAAUGGGCCAGGAAAGUUCUAUUAUUUGGAUUCAGGUCAAGUCUUUGAAGGCGUCUGGAAGGACGACGUCCCAAAAUGUGGCACGAUGAGAGACUUUGGCAGGGACAAUGCCCCAGAUCCAACGCAGUAUGCAAUUCCUUCCAUUGAGCUCGCUAAUGCUGAGGGUGUUGUAGCUGAGGCAGAGGACCAGUUUUUACAAGACCAAGAGUAACUCUGAUCGAGUGGAAUGUCGUCUUGUUUUGAGAAGCGGGUCAGAUUUACCAUAAUCUUUUUGGAUAGAUACAUACAUUUUCCUGACCAGGUACACGCUUCCUCAUCGAGUAUUUUGGUACUGUUGCUCCAGGUCAUCAUCAGUUACCAUCCGGUCAGAAACGUCUGUCUCAGAUUCCGAACUCAGUUUUCAAAACAGUAUUAUUACAGGAUCUGGUUUUGUUUUCUGUCAUUUAAAGCUAACAUUUAAAAACACUGUCAUAUACUGACUGACAUCAGAGUUGUUAUUGAAAGCAUUGCUAGGAACUUCUCAUUUCUGAAAAAGUGAAAUGUACCACCGCUCAGUUUUCAAGUCAAUGUUUUCCAUAUUUUACCCAUCUGUGAUUACUUUUGCCAAAAUGAAAUGCCAUCAUCACAUUUGAUGUAUAAAUGAACGAGCGACUGUCAUAUUAUUGUUUUUGUUGUUAUCUUAUUGUGUAUGGCACAGACGGUGUAAUACAAGUUUUCAGUCUCACAUUUAACAAGGUUGCGUCUUGUAUUUGAUGCUUUUCAAGAGAUGUACCUGUGUAUGUAUAUAUAUAUUGAAAGAGUGGUAAUGUUUUUUCUUUCCUCUUUUUGAAUUAGAAAAUUGUGAAGCCAAGAGAAGCAGCUGAUCAUUCUUGUGUGUGUAUGUAGUAUGGGUUGUUUUUUUAUGUUGUUGUUUGUUUGUUUUUGGGGGGGUGUGUGUAUGUGUGUGUGUGUGUGUGUGUGUGUGUGUGUGUGUGUGUGUGUGUGUGUGUGUGUGUGUGUGUUGCAUUGGUAGAGAAGAGAUGAGGUAUAAUAAGUAUGUUUGUGUAAGUUGUAAAAGCAUUGUGAGCAUGCUGCAAAAUGAGUAUUUGAUUUAGACAGAGAGUACUUGAACAGAAAUAAGAUUAACCAUGUGUAACAUGGAAUGAACAACUGAAACAUUUUGUUGAGCGUUUGAGUGAGUACCUAACUUGCAGUACAGAUCUGUAAGAUAUAUGUAUAUGUUAUUCUGUUGGUAUAUGUCUUAACUGUAAAUGAAGCAAUAUUGGUAAAUGCUUGAAUUGGUAUUCUUUAUGAAUGAAAGAAAAAAUAAUAGCUGAUAUUUUUCUGUAUGAAUUCUGUCAGUUAAGUCCCCCUAUUUUGCUUUAAAGAAGAGAUUUUUUUAAAAAGUACUUUCAGGGAUAAGGUCAUCCUAAAAGUAUUGUGCAUAAUAAAUCUCCAUCAACAUUAUC